AUGACGCCGCCUCAGGAUGCCACGCCUAAACCGCCAAACUACCCAGCCGGCCCAGAGGCGUCCAUGAUACUGCCCAAGCAGCGCGCAUCGUCGACAUCCUCCAUCGCAAGCCUGCCCUACCGCCGCUCCAACCCCAGCCUGUCCAAGCUGUUUGAGUCGACCACCACCAUCUCCACAUCGCGACCUAAUUCCGGCACCGCCACGCCCACGCCCACGCUCACACAAGGCUCCGUCUUCUCCCCGGGGCCGCGCCUGAGUGGCACAGGCACGCCUAGCAGCCUGCCGCCGGGCGUGUCGGAUGAGUACCGCACGCUGAUCCAGCGGGCCUUUGUGCCUAGCGUUGCUGUGCUCGCGGAUGCGCAGACCGAGGAGCUGAUACAAUCCAAGGGCCUCGAGGGCGGCCUGCUGCAGCUGUUGCGCCCGUUUGGCGAGUCGGUUCCGGGCAAGGUAACGAUAAGAGAUAGCAAUGGGGCAAGCAAGAGCUGGGAGGACUUUGGCGUGCGCUUUAUAGGCGUCGAGGAUGCAUAUCCAGACCUGCGUGUCGAGACGGGCGGCCAGGGCACGUCGACGCAGCGGCCGAGGCGUCAAGGAGGCAAUGUGUCGCAGAUUGAAGAGCUGGUGAACCGCCAUCUGCAGUACUCCGAGUUCAACAGGCAGGAUUCCGUGUCUGGCUACAUGGACAAGGGUGAGACACCGGCACAGUCUGUAGACAGCACCUCGUCGCCGUUUUACACCUUGUACCUACGGCGGCUGCUGUCAGGACUGCCUGUCGUGCCGCACGAGACCUUCUCGCACCCCGUGGCCGGCAUAAUAGCAAUCAGCUCGCGCAAUCCACACCCGAUAGAAGAGCUCAGGCGGCUCUACAACCGCCAGCACGACGGCGAUCUGCGGUUCCCGCAAUGGGUGGAAAACGACUUUUUACGGUACUAUAUUCUAAUUCACGACGAAGAGACGGGCGACAUUGCAAAGUCGAACCAGACAUUUGAUUCGAUGAAGCGACAUUUUGGCCUACACUGCCAUUUGCUGCGGCUCAAGAGCCAGCAGUGCAUAGCGUCCGACGACGAUAGCGUGCGCCUACCCAGCUGCGAGUGGAUGUCUGCAUCAGAGGAACUGGCAGAGAUCCAAAGAAGAGAAACCACCGACGACAUCACAGACCCAACACCCUACUUCCCCGAGUCGGACAUUAGCAGCCUGCGCACCUUUAUCCGCGAACUCGUCACUCAGUCGAUAAUACCAAACAUGGAGCGCAGCGUCGCCACAUGGAACGAGCAGAUUCUCUCGCGACGCCGCGGCCUCUCGGGCCGCUUCAUGUCGCUAUCCAAACGCUGGACACCGUUCGGCAGCUCGCGCACAAGCGGCUCGUCGUCGACAGUCUCGGGAAACUCAAACUACGACAGCUUGCAGGGCUUCUACCGCCCGGAUGCCCCAGAGGCAAUUAUGCGCCGCCUCGCUGACUACUGCUUCAUGCUGCGCGACUGGAAACUGGCGCUGAGCACCUACGACAUUCUGCGAACUGACUUCCAAAACGACAAGGCAUGGCGACACUAUGCGGGCGCGGCGGAAAUGGCUGCGCUCUCCGCGCUCAUGGCGCCCUCGCCGCUGUCAGCCAAGUCGCGCGCAGAGAACAUCGACGCCUGGAUCGAGGCGGCGUCGUACUCGUACACUGACCGCCAACGCAGCGCCGCACCGUACUAUGCACUCCGCACACUGGCGCUCUCUCUAGAACUGCUUCGCCUACGCGGCUCCUCAGCCGCCGACGACGCCGCGCGCUGGGCCACACGCAUCCUGGAAACCAACCUCAUGGGCGCCGUGGGCCACGCACUCGUCACCGAACGCAUCUCGGCCUGCCACGCCAUCCGCACAGGCAUCGGCACCUACAAACUGGGGUCGCGCCGCCGCAAAGCGGCCCUCUGGUCCGUCCUCGCGGCCGAAACCUGGUUCCGCCUCCAGAAAUCCCAGCAGGCGGAGCGCGCCCUCGACACGGCGCUUCGCCUCUACAACACCACGUCGGAAGCUGCAGACGGCGGCGCCAUCCGCCUGCCCUACGGCGAAAUGCAGCGCUUCAUCGAUGAGCUGCGCCAGCAAAUCAUGGGUUUGCGCCUUGCGAACCAGGGGUUUAGCAAUCUGCAGGGCGAUGAGGAUGAGGAUGACGACGACCACCACAACGUGAGGAGGCAGGGCAUGCAGAGUCCAGAGGUGGAGGAGGAACCUGAGACGCUCGAUGCGAGUCCCCGGUUGCAGAGGAGGAGCCUGAUUGCGGCAAAGGGGCCGCCGCCUGAUCUCGUGUCGCCGCUGAGUGUGGCUGGAGAGAGGACGCAGGGUGAGGUGGAUGCCGAACGGGAGGGGUUUGAGUAG